UCGUAACUCUCCGAGAGAAGAGUUCCGUCAGCUUCAAUGGCGGAGCUCUGAUGGUUUUAGAGGAGAAGGUGUUAUAAUCUGUCAAUAUCGGAGUCAUCAUAUGACCAAAUCAACCAACUUCUAGAUAUUUUAGUCAAUAACAUAUUCAAGGACAUAAUCAACCAUGUAUGGUCAAGACGAAGAAAUGUAUGAUGAGGGAGACGAAGGGGACGACCUCACCCCGGAUCUGUGGCAGGAAGCCUGCUGGAUCGUCAUCAGUUCCUAUUUUGAUGAGAAGGGUCUGGUACGUCAGCAGCUCGACUCCUUUGAUGAGUUCAUCCAGAUGUCUGUGCAGAGAAUUGUAGAAGAUGCUCCCCCGAUCGAUCUACAGGCAGAGGCCCAGCAUACAUCGGGGACACUGGAGACACCGCCCAGGUACCUGCUGAAGUUUGAGCAGAUCUACCUGUCCAAGCCCACCCACUGGGAGAAGGAUGGCGCUCCUAGUCCUAUGAUGCCCAACGAGGCACGACUCCGAAAUCUCACCUACUCUGCUCCCCUGUACGUGGACAUCACAAAGACCGUGAUCAAGGAGGGAGAGGAGUCAGUGGAGACGUUGCAUCAGAAGACCUACAUCGGCAAGAUCCCCAUCAUGCUGAGGUCCACCUACUGCCUGCUCAACGGACUCACAGAUCGUGACUUGACGGAGUUGAACGAGUGUCCGCUGGACCCCGGCGGCUACUUCAUCAUCAAUGGAUCUGAGAAGGUGUUGAUAGCUCAGGAGAAGAUGGCCACCAAUACAGUGUACGUGUUUCAGCAGAAGGACUCCAAGUAUGCCUUCAAGACAGAGUUGAGGUCGUGCCUGGAGCACUCGUCACGUCCCACCAGUACACUGUGGGUCAACAUGAUGGCCAGGGGCGGAUCGGGAGCCAAGAAGAGUGCCAUUGGUCAGAGAAUUGUGUCCAUUCUUCCGUACAUCAAGCAGGAGAUCCCUAUCAUCAUUGUGUUCCGAGCUCUGGGCUUCGUGUCCGACAGAGACAUCCUCGAACACAUCAUCUACGACUUUGAUGACCCUGAAAUGAUGGAAAUGGUGAAGCCGUCGCUGGAUGAGGCUUUUGUCAUCCAGGAACAAAACGUGGCUCUCAACUUUAUCGGAGCCAGAGGUGCUCGGCCUGGUGUCACGAAGGACAAGAGAAUCAAGUACGCCAGAGAAAUCUUGCAGAAGGAAAUGUUGCCUCAUGUGGGCGUCAGCGAGUUCUGUGAGACCAAGAAGGCCUACUUCCUUGGGUACAUGGUCCAUCGAUUGCUGAUGGCAGCUCUCGGGAGGCGGGAGGUAGAUGACAGAGAUCACUACGGCAACAAGAGGCUGGACUUGGCUGGGCCUCUUCUGGCUUUCUUGUUCAGAGGCAUGUUCCGUAACCUGAUGAAAGAGGUACGAAUGUAUGCCCAGAAGUUCAUAGAUCGAGGGAAAGAUUUCAACAUGGAGCUGGCCAUUAAGACACGAAUCAUCACAGACGGACUUAAGUACUCCCUGGCCACAGGCAACUGGGGGGAUCAGAAGAAGGCCUCCCAGGCCAGAGCUGGAGUGUCCCAGGUGUUGAACAGACUGACGUUUGCCUCCACAUUGUCUCACCUGCGACGUCUCAACUCCCCCAUCGGCCGAGACGGUAAACUGGCCCGACCUCGACAGCUGCACAACACCCUGUGGGGUAUGAUCUGCCCGGCCGAGACACCCGAGGGAGGUGCUGUCGGCCUUGUGAAGAACCUGGCGCUGAUGGCCUACAUCUCUGUGGGGUCCCAGCCGUCCCCUAUCCUGGAGUUCUUGGAGGAGUGGAGUAUGGAGAACCUGGAAGAGGUGGCACCAUCCGCCAUACAGGAUGCGACUAAGAUCUUUGUGAAUGGGUGCUGGGUGGGAAUCCAUCGCGACCCUGACCAGCUGAUGGCCACGCUGAGGAAGCUGAGGAGAGAGAUGGACAUCAUUGUGUCCGAGGUAUCCAUGAUUCGCGACUUCCAUGACCGUGAGAUCCGCAUCUACACAGAUGCAGGACGUAUUUGUCGUCCGCUGCUGAUCGUGGAGAAUCAGAAAUUGUUGCUGAAGCAGAGUCACAUCAAACAGCUGAAGCAGAGGGAGUACAACAACUACAGUUGGCAGGACCUGGUGGCGAGCGGUGUCGUGGAGUACAUCGACCCUGUGGAAGAGGAGACGAUCAUGUUGGCCAUGACCCCAGACGACCUCCAGGAGAAGGACUCGGCGUAUUGUUCCACGUACACCCACUGCGAGAUCCACCCUGCCAUGGUGCUCGGGGUUUGUGCCUCCAUCAUCCCCUUCCCCGAUCACAACCAGUCUCCCCGUAACACCUACCAAUCCGCUAUGGGCAAGCAGGCCAUGGGCGUCUACAUCACCAACUACCACGUGAGGAUGGACACCCUGGCCCACGGCCUCUUCUACCCCCAGAAGCCCCUGGUCACCACGCGGUCCAUGGAGUAUCUCCGCUUCCGAGAGCUGCCCGCUGGCAUCAACUCUAUCGUGGCCAUCGCCUGCUACACUGGGUACAACCAGGAAGAUUCUGUCAUCUUGAACCAGGGAGCCAUCGACAGAGGAUUCUUCAGAUCCUUUUUCUUCCGUUCCUACAAGGAUUCAGAAUCUAAGAAGGGUCUUGAUCAGGAAGAAGUGUUUGAGAAGCCGACCAGAGAUUAUGUCCAAGGUAUGCGGCCAGCAACGUAUGACAAACUGGAUGACGACGGCAUCAUAGCGCCAGGAACCAGAGUGUCUGGAGAUGAUGUGCUGAUCGGGAAGACAAUCACACUCCCAGCUAAUGAUGAUGAGUUGGAGUCCACGGCCCGGAGAUUCUCCAAGAGAGAUGCUAGUGUCUUCAUGAGGAGAACUGAGACAGGCAUUGUCGAUCAGGUCAUGGUCACCAUUAACAACGAUGGCUACAAGUUCUGCAAGAUCCGGGUGAGGACUGUAAAGACACCACAGAUCGGAGACAAGUUCGCUAGUCGUCAUGGACAGAAGGGUACCUGCGGUAUUACUUACAGGCAGGAGGAUAUGCCCUUCACGUGUGAGGGGAUCACCCCCGACAUCAUCAUCAACCCCCACGCCAUCCCCAGUCGUAUGACCAUUGGUCACUUGACAGAAUGCCUGCAGGGCAAGGUGGCUGCCAACAAGGGGGAGAUCGGCGACGCCACACCCUUCAACGAUGCUGUCAAUGUACAGAAGGUGUCCGAUCUACUCAGUCAGUAUGGCUACCAUCAGAGAGGCAAUGAAGUCAUGAUGAACGGCCACACGGGACGCAAGCUGAACGCCCAGAUCUUCUUAGGCCCCACCUACUACCAACGUCUCAAGCACAUGGUGGACGACAAGAUCCACUCCCGCGCCAGGGGCCCCCUACAGAUCCUCAACAGACAGCCCAUGGAGGGACGAUCUCGUGAUGGAGGUCUGCGUUUUGGGGAGAUGGAGCGAGAUUGUCAGAUUGCCCACGGUGCCGCCCAGUUCCUCAGAGAGAGACUCUUCGAGGCUUCAGACCCUUACCGGUGCCAUGUGUGCAAUAUCUGUGGCCUCAUCUGCAUCGCCAACCUCCGCAACCAGACGUUCGAGUGCAGGGGUUGCAAGAACAAGACACAUAUUUCCCAGGUGCGGAUUCCGUAUGCGUGCAAGCUGUUGUUCCAGGAACUGAUGUCGAUGAGCAUCGCACCUCGUAUGAUGGUCAUCGCUUAGACUUUGUGUGUGUGUGGCGCUGAUGGAACAAGUCAGUGAGAUCCUGAUCAGCUAUGAACAGGGACCGUGUGGAAAGACUUCACAGACAGGACUCUAUUUCCUACAGUAACAGUAAAUGAUCCCAAGGAGAACAUCUCGCUUUCAAUGCACAGUUUUCAAAGUGUUGAUUGGAAUGUGUCAGGGAUGUUCAUCAACAAAAUGAGAGAGUUUCUGCUGAUAGCAAGUUGAUAUAGCUGCAAGUUUGUUACACUGGGGAGAAAGAGUUUGUUUGAGGUGCUAUUAAUUACAAUUCUUGAAUUCAAUUCAGGAAACUAUUUCAUGAAAGAAUGUUGAGUAUUUAGCUUUCCCUUGGGCGGUGGGGGAACCUAGUGGUUAAAGCUUGUCACCUCGUAGGCCUGGUUUUGAUUUCCUAUGUGGGUAUAAUGCAUUGAGCCCAUUAUCCCCCGCCAGGUGGGACAUAGCUAUAGGUGGAAUAUAACAAUACUUGUUACCUUGUAGGCCUGGUUUUGAUUUCCUAUGUGGGUAUAAUGCAUUGAGCCCAUUAUCCUCCGCCCGCAGGGACAUAGCUAUAGGUGGAACAUAACAAUAAUUAUUAGCUCUUCCAGUUAAACAAAGAUUUUCUGCAGAGACAAAUUAAGAUGCUUGGGGCAAUUUUGGUGCCAUUUGGUGAAGGCAGUCAAGAUUCCUCAGUGUAUGUGAGAAUGCUUAUGACGAACAUGUUGGUAUUUUGUUGAUUAUGACUUAAGGACAAUAGAUGUAAUAAAUGUGUCAUCAUAUAUGUACAUGUAAACAUAUACAAACACAUGUAUACAUGGAUACAGCACAUCAUCGUCAGUUCAUGAUUGUUGUAAAUUAUUCAACACCCUCAUCAUGUCAUUUCAUAAUGUCGAUAUUGUACAUAUUUUCAACCUGUAAUUAAAGCUUCACAUCAAUAUGA